GCGGCAGGCGCAGGGGGCGGAGCCCGUGGAGGUCGGCGGUGUCCCCGCGGCGCGGCCCGCGGGCUGCGUCUGUGUGCGCCCGGCCCUCGGCGCGGCGGUUCGGCUCUGCGGCCUGGACUGCUGGCGUAGCUCACCAUGCUGUCCCGGGCAGCGCGCAGCACGAGCCGGACGCUGGUGCCGGCGCUGGGGUCGCUGGCUGCCCGGCAGAAGCACAGCCUCCCCGACUUGCCGUACGAUUAUGGCGCCCUGGAGCCUCACAUCAACGCCCAGAUCAUGCAGCUGCACCACAGCAAGCACCACGCGACCUACGUGAACAACCUGAAUGCCAUCGAGGAGAAGUACCUGGAGGCGCUGGAGAAGGGUGACAUUACAACUCAAGUAGCUCUUCAGCCUGGGCUCAAAUUCAAUGGCGGAGGCCAUAUCAAUCAUUCCAUCUUCUGGACAAACCUGAGCCCUAAGGGUGGUGGAGAACCCAAAGGGGAAUUGCUGGAAGCCAUCAAACGUGAUUUUGGUUCCUUCGACAAAUUUAAGGAGAAGUUGACCACUGUAUCCGUUGGCGUCCAAGGCUCAGGUUGGGGUUGGCUUGGUUUCAGUAAGGAACAGGGACGCUUGCAGAUUGCUGCCUGUUUUAACCAGGAUCCCCUGCAAGGAACAACAGGUCUUAUUCCACUACUGGGGAUCGAUGUGUGGGAGCAUGCUUAUUACCUUCAGUAUAAAAAUGUCAGACCGGAUUACCUAAAAGCUAUUUGGAAUGUAAUCAACUGGGAGAAUGUAACGGAGAGAUACAUGGCUUGCAAAAAGUAAAACGUGAUCAUUACACUGAGCAAAAUAAGCUUUUCACGACUAUUUUCGUAGUAGUGCAGAGUACUAUAGUCUACCAGUAAGCUGCUCUAUUGUAGCAUUUCUAGCUUGUUCAAGCAUUUGAUGAACAUGAUUUAAUGCUAUGAAUUUCUUGUUUUCAAAUUUUGUUAUUGGGCAAGUGAAAUAGUAAGUGCUUUGUAUGAUUUAGUCUUUUGAUUGAACAUCAUUUUCCGAGAGCUGAAACAGCCAGCAGGUUAUAAUUGCCAUCAUAAAACCAUCGAAAAGAUCUCAUCCCUGUUCUCUUAGGGCCUCUGGGGAAGCUUUUGCCCCUUAUUGCACUGGUAGAAAACCUGGUCCUUUGCCCAGUUGUUUAAUGAUAAAAGAUUAAAUUUGUUUCCCAAGGGAAAUGUUCAGUUUUUCUAUUGAAAAUUGCUCUUUUUGUAAGUAAUCUUCUGUCUAGUAGUACUUGAUAUCACCCAUGGGCCUUUAAUUAUUUUUGGUCACAUGUUCCACAGGGUUAACACCAUUUUGUCUUUUAAAAAAUAUCACUUGAUUGCCAAUUGAGAAUUGCUCUAUUAUGAAAAGGAAAUAGUCGUGCAUUUGGAUUUUUCUGUUGGGAGAAAUAAAAAGACUUAUGUGAAAGUUUG